AUGUCGAAAACCAGUUCAUCUCAAGCCCUGGGACUUCGUUCUGGUGAACUCAUAUCGUACUACUUCCCUGACCAUGAAGCAGUAUCGUAUUUUCAGAAAAGUUUCGUCAAUUCCAAUGAGUUUCAUCUUCUAGAGGAGACCACCGUUUCCGGCUUCGAAAUUUAUCUAGUCGAACAAUGGGCUAAUAGUCGUAAGAUUGGCAGUGUGGUGUCCACAUUUACUGGAAAUGAAUCCUCCAAAGUUUCGGUAAUGAAGUUGACGGUUUUAACCAAACCACUGAAGCAAUACCCAGUCAAGUUUCAAGAAUAUUUAAACGAAAUAGUUGUCAACCACGGCAAAUUGAUGAAAAUGGAGUCAAGUGGAAACGACGACGAUACAAAUCAGGUUCUUUUCGUUACGAAUUUAACGGCACUUCCUUCAAAUUUGACCUUGGUUCCUAUCCCCCACGGAGAUGCUGCCGCCGUACGAGAUCACUUUGUACUAAACUCAAACUUGAAAAAACUACAGUGUAGCGGCAGAUCACAGUCGCUUAUCUCCAGCAGAAUAGCAGACGCUUGUGAGGACAAGUUUCGUCAUGUAUAUCGAGUGCUCGAUGACAAUGUUCCGAUUCGCUUCGCUAUCAAAGAACUAGUGAAUAUCAUCCAAAUAUCUCUCUUCUACUUUGAGCUUCUUGAUGCUCGCUAUUGUGAUGGUUUGCUUUGUGAUAAAACUGAAGAAGCAAUAAAUAAUUGGUGGAAUUUGGUCGGUUUACCUCAUUUCAACACCAAACCAAAUGCUAGAUCGGGUAUAUUACCUCCCAGAACCGUGGCCGCUAUCAUUAGCUUGAUACUCAGUAUUAGGUUACGGCUUCAGAUUUAUGGAAGCAGUGAUGUUCCAAAAGAUCCGUUUGAUUUUGAGUCGUUUAUGCUUUGUAUUGGCCAAUUUCAAAGGCUGGCGAAGCUUGACAAGACCCGCAAACUUGACCUCGAAACACUCACCAAACUUUUCAACUCAACCAACGCCAAAAUCAAUGUCUCGAAGUACUCAUACAACCAGAGUAUGCCAGAUAUGCUGCUUGAAGAUUCCAUUGAUUUUAGUCCUCGUCACAAGUCAAUUGUAUCUUAUGCUGAUUCCGGCUCGGCAUAUUCAACCCCAAGUAAAAAGUCGAAAAACUACUACAGUAAGGAAUUGCGAAAACUCACUAAUGUGGUGAAGAAUACUGUGUCGGAUCAUUUGGUCUCCAGCCGUGAUUUGGAGGAUCCAAGCAAUUCAAAAUCAGGCGCCCGUAUCAGAAACAGAAUAGCCAAGUUUGCGGACACUGUUAGUCCCGUGGAUGUGGAAACAUUGGAUCUUGGCUUGUUGACUCAAAAGUUUUUAACGGGAAAAGUUUUGAACAGACUUUGGCACAUAUCUGACACAGCUCCGAAGACUGACGCUCGCCAUCAUCAUCACCACCACCAUCAUCAUCACCACCACCAUCAUCGUCACCAACAUGCCAGUAAUUUUGAUAGUUAUUAUCAAGUGGUAACAUUGAAAGAAGCUAUAAGCCAGGGCCGUUUUGGCCUAACAGCAGGCUCUUACCCAGACAACUCAUUAUAUUCAAGGGGAUUGAGCAAGGUGAAACUAGGGCUUCAAUCUAGAAGAAAUCAGUUUUCGGAAAAAGCUCCAAGUGUUGAGCAUCAUGAAGGAGGUACGCUGUCGUCUUUGCUACAACCAGACUCGCUAAUUGAAAGCAGCAUUGAGCGAGAAAGUGAUAGAACUUCCAUCUCAAGCCGCAAGAAUUCCUUGAGAGAAAUCACCCUGCCAACAGAUAAAUUCAGGUUCAAGUUGAAUCGCAGAAAUUCGUAUCCAUUCACUCAUGGCGAAAUUAAUCUCAAUGUUCUUGAGUUUUACCGGGCAGACAAGCGUGUCAAGUGCAACCAAGCUACAAGGUUCAAGAGAAGAAAUAGUUUUUCAUUGGUGGAAAAUCACAUCAACCUGGUCAAAUCAGGUACGGCCACAGUUGAAGCGAUCUCAGACAAAUACUUGCACGUUAUGGCACAAGCACUUAUCUUAGAUCGUGUUAAGAAGGAUGUUCCCGAGGAGAUAGGUGAUCAGGAAAUCAACCGCCAGGUCAAACAGAUGAAUUACGAAUUGAUAAAGUUCAGCAAUACUUAUAAACAAAUGCAACAAAGAAAGAAUGUUAUGUGGGACAAGAACAUGACUGGAGAUCUCAAGUACUCCAUUGGCAAUAUGGGAGAUACCAUUGACAGGCUUUUAUAUGAAAGCAGAAUAGUGGCUAAACGUAUCAAUGAAUUGGAGGAAGAUUCCAGAUCGCUCAACAUCAAGGUAAAUGAUCAAUGCCAUUCCAAACUCAUCAAGCUCAUCGAUAACUUGGUAACGCUGUCUUACUUUUAUCAGGUGUUUGUAGACCCUGCCGAAAGAAACGAUGUCAUUGUCAAGUUGACGGGCAAAUCCGAAUCGGAAGUUCACUCGCAAGACGAAAAGAUGGAAAAUGGUAUUUUCCGAGUAAUUGUGCUAUUUCUUUAUGAUCUAGUGCUAAGUAUUCUUCAGCUAUUCAAGUUUGAUCGAAGCAAUAUGGACUUGGGACGGAUCAGAAGAAGCUGGAAAAAAUUGGACCCCAACCGCAAAUAUAUCGACAUGGUAUACAGUUAUAUUGGUCACAGGAGAGACAUUGCCCCUAUUCUGCAAGAAGGAAGUGACACCGAGGAGUAG